GUAUGACGUAGUUAGGCUGUCCCUAUAAAGUGAGACAUCGAAGUUGGAUUCAUAUGUGUGGGAUGUACAGGCAUUUACAGCCAGAUCGUUUUUGCUGAAGAGACGAAGACGGGCAUGGCGGCUCCAGGCGUAUUCGUGUUACUGUACUUGUGCGGAAUUGUCGGGUGCUUCGCCCGUGAUUCCUGCUUAGAUUCGAUGAAAGUUCCAAACCUUGAGAAGCGAGACCGUGCUUACGUUAUAGCAACAGGUGAGAGAGCCCUCAACGACAGGCUGCUUACUGAAGGCUGGUAUGACGCUGGAGAUAAAGUACUAUUGGACUCACCAGCAGGUUUCCAGCACUGCGGUACUCGUUACCCAAUAUGGAGAAAAAAAACGAACGGUGACACAUCCAUUAUGUGCGUUCAGACUCACAGUCAAAUCUGUUACAACCAGUUCAGCAUAACAACUAAAAUGUGUGGCACGAAGGAGAUAUUCUAUUUGAAGACAACAAUAUCCUCAAGUGCAUAUUGUUUUGGUAAACCGGGCAUCCCUCCAACAUUUAACGUGAAACCAACUGUUACUCCGAAACUCCGUAGCUAUGACUACACAAGCAAGCUGGAGUUCCGUUGUGAGUUCAGCAAACACACAGAUGACGUCUUCUACACAACCAACUGGGUCGUUAACGGAGAGCUUGUCCUCAGUGAAGAACCCUUGAAGUGGGGCGGUGGAGAUGUUAUAGAAACACAUGCUUUGACUGAGGCUAAGCUGACCAAUGUAAACAUAACACAAGUUGGAUUCGAGUUGCGGUGUUCAGUCAGAGCUACCACCGGAAAAGACACAGCAGCCAGUGUUCCUGUCUUGUCAGAUUCGAAGUUUAUUGGAAUUAAGAUAUCAAAUACAUCACUUGAGCUAUCAGAAGGAGAGUUCGCUGACAUCUCCCUGCAGUUGACGGUACCAUUUGGCUGUGGGUCUGAAGGUCUUGCAUGUCAACUCCCCAUAUUAUCAGUUCACCUCGAGACAACCGCUGAUUGUAAACAGGCUAGCUUGGUAAGUUCAUCUUGUGGAACAGUUUUUACGGAUACAGAAUGGGAUAAAGCUGCCACAAUCAGGGUAUUUGGUCAAGUGUCUCAAAGCCUUGGAUCAACAAGUACUGUCUUGAAACUGAAGCUGGUAACCCCUGAUGUGCUACCUGGCAACGAGUUUUGGGUCAAAUAUACUGUUGGCGUCAUAACGGUUCAGAUGAUAAAGAACACAGAGCUUAUUGAAGGGAAGCAGUGCUACGCGACCAAUGACCCACACAUGCAGACAUUUGAUGGAAGGCGAUACGAACAUCAAUACGAAGGUGUCUACACCAUGUACAAGCACGAGACCUUUCCAAUUGAGGUUCAAAUAAAGACAGCAAAUUGCGGAUACGGUUCCAACAAUGCGUGGUGUAAUUGUGGAGUUGCUGUACGAGCUGGCAGGACAGUGUUUGAGUUCAACAGGUGCAAGGGACAGUCCAGUAUCUGGACAAUAGAAUACACACUUUGUGAAGACAACGGAGAUGUACUUCAGGUCAAGAAGAAGGGAAGCAAUUAUGAGGUGUAUUUGCCGACUGGAGGGAGAGUAAACGUUAAUGUGUACAAAAUCCACCUCAAUGUUUACAUCUACCCGUCAGUCCAAGACGAGAAUCACAGUCGUGGUCUGUGUGGGACACUGACUGGAAACUGCAAGGACGACUUUGUCCUCAGGAACGGCGCCUACUCCACAGAUGACACGGCAACGGGUGACUGCGACACUGCAUACAACAACUGGAAGAAUCUUCUUACUACAUUCUCGAAGUCAUGGAAGGUUGAUGAUAGAGAUGACCUGUUUGAUCCGGACGUUCAUGCGUCGCUGUCAGCCUGGCCCCAGACAAACCUCUAUUGUUCCUGUUCCCAGGAUCCUAACUCUCAGAGUAGUAGAAGAUUAACUGAGGCAGUAAAUUGCACAGCAGCCAUUCAUAAGGUGUGUAACAUUCUCCCGGGCUUCAAAGACGUGUAUCCGACUUCGUGCACAAUUACCAAAAGACGGAGGAGAAGAUCUGCAGGUGUCCGUUUGGACUCACCCAAGAGACUACGACGGCAGGCUGCGAAUGUGUGGACAGACGGGUGGACAGAGGUAAAAGCCAGGACAUUCUGUGAGAACAUAUUCCAGGAUUCACGAUCAGUGCAAACGUGCAAGAACGUAAGUGGCGUUGGCAUCGGCGGAAGCAUCGACAACUGUGUCCUGGACAUUCAGUUGACAGGCACCUCGGAUUUUUUUCGUUUUUCUAUCGACACGGUGAGAGACAAAUGUCUGCACGAGGUGUUGGUUGAUCCUGAACUCCAGGUAAAGAAUGGGACGAUGAACGUGUCUGUCUAUGAUAAUGUUGUGGCUGAGGCUUGUCUGAACGACUGCAGUGGCAAAGGAACAUGUACAAAUGGUGACUGUGUAUGCCAAACCAACUAUGGCGGCUCAGACUGUUCUGUUGACCUUACAACACCCCCACGGCUAUCUGAAACAGAAACUGUUGUCGAAUGUGACACAUCACGUGAUGCAUGUGACGUUGUGUCCGUGAGAGGCGAGACGUUUGUGGAUGGUGUAUCAACAUGUUUGGUUGACGAGAUCAGGGCUAGAAAAUCAGGACAAGAAAGCGUUGUAUCGGCAGUUCGCAUGGCAACCGUGGUCAGUAUCAGCCAUGUUCAGUGCAAAGUCGUUGCCAGUGACAGCACCGGAAGUGAGGACAUGGACUAUGUGCGUGCCUACCGGAUUUCGAUUGCCAACAGUGCUGGUAACUAUGGUGACAGUGUUGGCCUGAUUGUGUUUAAUAGUACGUGUAUCCGAGCGGAUGGUGGCCUGGAAGCAAAGUUCAACUGGACAGUGAAGGGUCCCUACUGUCUGGACAAUGGGGUCUGUGUGCCUCACGGAGCGACACAACCUGGAAACAACUGUCUGGUGUGUGACGUGUCCGGCAACAAGCGCACAUGGAAAACAGGAUCAGAGUCGAGAUGCCAGGGUGAGAAGGGACAGCUUCUUCUUAUAACUGUAGCUGCGUCUGUCGGGGGAGUCGUCCUCCUCAUCAUCAUCAUCGUUGUUGCUGCAGUCUGUGCAUGCAAACGGAGCAAAAGGGAGGGGAAGAAUUUCUUUCCAAUGAGUAAAGUCUCCUCAUAAAAAUCACAACGAACGAACUACAAUGCAACCUGAACUCGACCAAUCAGAAAUGCCAUUCAAGGUUUGGUUUUAUGAUGGUGUCAGUAAUAAACAUGCCUUUUGUACAUCAUUUCACAGAAAGUCAGUAGAGCGUUGUACUUGAAAGCAGAUCAAUGCUGAGAUAUUUAAAUCUUGAAUUGUAUUUAAAUGUUACAGCAUGAAAAUAUGUUUGCAUUAUAUAUUCAAGGUUCCUUCUUGAGUAUCUCAAAUAAUAUUUAACAUGGAACAACUGUGUGUCUUAUCUGUCAAACUUCAAUGGAGGGUGAACUUUAUAUUCUGCUUGUUUAUACUGAUAUGCGUGUAGCACAUAACCCAUAUCUAGAGAUCAUCUCUGUUAACCUCAAAGGUUAACUAUUCUUAGAUCAGCGGUGUUAGUUCACCAUGCGAUUUGUGGCGCGACAAUAUGUGUAAUCUCACCACCACAGACGUCUUGUAUGCAACACACCUUUUGUACUUUUGCCCUUUUUAUGUUUUAUAAUAAAUAAAAAACUUUGACCGUGA